AUGAAAGUAGAGGUGGCUAUGACUAUGAUUGCUAAUCAAAAAGAGGCAAGAGGUUUAAAUCAGUAGGGGGGAAAAGAAGAAAGAAUUGUUCCAAAUGAACUCUAAGAAUUACUUAAGAUCAGCCAAACUGAGAGAAAAGAGAAUUUCCAAGAUAAUAUGAGAUAACUAGGACAGAAAUGGCAGAGUAUGACUGAAGAGGAAAAAUAGAAAUAUAAGGAUUAGAUUUGA